AUGUUGAUGGCAGCGGCUUCAUGCCCUGUUGCCCCCGCUGUACCUCUCGUGACAAUUUCGACUAUAGACACUCCUCUUCGAAAGCGGAACCAGGUGGGGCUGAAGAAGUUUUCAUACGCAUGCGUAAUUCCUUUUUAUUCCUCAAACACGUUGUUGGUCUUUCUUUUUUCAGGGAAAGCGGCUCCUGUGGCCAAAGGGUGCGUGGUGUGCGUGAGAGUGCGUCCAGAAUCAAUCCAAGAAAUUAGCAGCGGGGGAACCAUUUGCGUUUCAACAAAGCAAACCGGCGAUGGAUCCGCAACACUCCUCCUGACCGGAUUGAGAGACCACCAGUACAGCUUUCGAUAUGACUUUGUCUUUGAUCAGGAUGCCACCCAAGAAAACGUGUACUGCAGCACGUGUUUGCCCCUUGUUGAUAAGUUGUUGGCAGGGUAUUCCGCUUCUGUCAUUGCUUACGGGCAGACAGGGGCAGGGAAAAGCUACACUAUGAUUGGUGACUGCUCUUCAGAGGACUUUCAUAGCAAUCUGACAGACCCAACAACUCGCGGAGUCAUUCCUCGUAUUCUCGAGGCGCUUGUGCGGAGAACCGAGACGCUGUCACAGCAAAACAGCGAUACCGCAUUUUCUAUCCGGGGAUCCCUCAUAGAAAUUUACAACGAAACCGUGAGGGAUCUCCUCGCUCCUGGAAGAGACAAUCUCGUGAUUCGAGAGUCUACUCCAGCAACUGUAAUAACCGAUGCAACGGAGGUGCCAAUUUCUUGUCCUGCACAAGCGCUGGAAGUGAUCAAGGCAGGCUUCGCUAACCGGGCACUCGGAACAACGCUGUCAAAUGACAAGUCUUCGAGAAGUCACGCAGUUCUGCAGAUUACUAUUCAGAGAGAUAGCAUCUUGGAUUGCACGACGAAGUCCUCCCAACUAUUUUUGGUUGAUCUGGCAGGUAGUGAGCGGGUUUCCAAGGCUGACACUGCUGGGGACAGACUAAGAGAGACGCAGAACAUCAAUCGUUCCCUGCUAGCGCUGGGAAAUGUUAUAAGCGCUGUACCACCAACAGGAGGGUCUAGGAAACACAUACCAUACAGGGAGUCGAAGUUAACACGCUUGCUGCAACAUUCUCUUGGAGGAAACGCGUUUACCGUCGUUCUGCUGUGCUGCUCGCCCCAUUCCUUCAAUGUACGGGAGACUCUAAGCACGCUGCGCUUCGGCGAUCGGGCAGCACAUAUUCAUAACAAACCGCAAGCUACGGAAACGCUGAGCCCGAUGCUACUUCAAAAACGUUUAGUGGAAUCCCAAACUCAACUGCGCUUUAGUCAGGCCCGUCUUCGAGCAUGUGUGACUCAAAGUGCUCGCCGGAUUGAAGCAAUAAAGAUGCUUCAGAAAUAUAUCCCAGAAGGCGUCCAACUGUCAGACGAAGACACGGCUCUUCUCAGAAAGGCGAUCGAAGACUGCACUGUUCUUAACUCAUUCGUGGACUCGGCGGCAUCUGCUGCCUCCCCGAAAAAGCUUGUCUCAGCUCCCAAGAGCAAACCAAGGGUGCCACUAACACUAGGGGCAUCCUCCUCUCCCUCACGGCAGGCCGCCGCGCAUCCCGACGUUGCAUAUAGUCGGCCCAAGGAAUUCGUGAACGCAGGGGGGCACAUGCCACGCUCGGACAACGUCAGCUCACUCACACAAGGCUCUGAACUGCGCCUGACAAGUUCACCACCGCACGGGGCAUUCGAGAUUGCUCCAUCUCAUCAAGCUGGUCAGUACCUUGUGACAUCACGGAACUCGGCACAUCCAAAAGAGAAGUACUUGCUCAAGACACAAAAACAGCGGCAUCCACAGUCACCGGUAACGGGCGUCGGCAAUUUUCGGCAGCAAGUUCCAGAAGCUGUACCCCAGCUUCCACCUAAGCAGAGACCAGCGGAAUUCUGUGCAGUUGUUGCUGGCCAAAACUCAGACGAUAAAAUGAUAAACCAGGACCCAGCCGACGCACCACAAAAAACGCCAAACGCAGACUGCAAUCAGAACACAGACGCAGGUAUGUUCGACCGCGCCCUUCUUGUCGGCUGCCCAUUAGCCACCUAUCGUGCCCUCUAUCCGACAUCAGGACAAUUUCUCGAAACUCCACUAGUUUGA